AUGUUACACCUCGGCUCCAAACCCGAGGCUCUCCGCAUUGGAAUCGCUCUAUACCCCGGGUUCGAAGCCCUAGACGCCUUCGGGCCCCUGAAUUGUCUGAACGACCUCUCACGCACCGAAUCAAUCACUCUCUCCGUACUGGCCUCAACCCUAGACCCAGUCAGCACAAAGACACCCGCCUACCCCGCCGGAAUCGGCCAAAGCGUCGUUCCAACCCACACCUUCGCCACUGCACCAGCACUAGAUGUCCUCCUCGUCCCCGGAGGCCAGGGCUCACGAGGCUCGUCGCCCGUCGUCCUAGAGACAAUCGCAUUUAUCCGAGACUCGUACCCCAGUCUCAAAUAUCUGAUCACAGUAUGUACCGGUGCGGGACUGGCUGCUCGAGCGGGUGUCCUGGAUGGAAAACGCGCGACGACGAAUAAGAAGGCGUGGAAGGACAUCAUUGUACUAGGUCCGGAGGUGAAGUGGGUUGCGCGGGCGAGGUGGGUUACUGAUGGGAAUAUCUGGACCUCGUCCGGUGUCAGCGCCGGGAUUGAUGUUAUCUUGGCUUGGAUUGAGGAAGUCUUUGGGAAAGAUAAGGCUAAGGCGAUCGCGGAGGGCAAUGAGUAUACUCGUCAUGAGGAUCCGGACUUCGAUCCUUUUGCUGAAUUGUAUGGUCUGGCAUGA